CAGGUACAACUGUGUAAAUAUGAGACUGCUUCACUACUCCUGAUUAAGUAGCCCAUUACAAUACUUAACUAUACAUAGUAAAAGUGUACAUACAGUACUUGAAAUUAUAAGAUCAUGUUAGGUAUAAUGUAGCCUAAUUAGGCAAUAGCGGUAGUGAAUCAAUGAUGGAGAACGUCACUGCUAAUUAGUGAGUAAUAUAUAAAUAACUUCCAAAUUCACUAAAUGUUUAACUUUUAAAUUUAAUUAAUUUGUUUAAAUAUAUAUAAAAUAAAAUAUAUACUAUAUAACAUAUAACAUAUAACAUAUAAUAAUGUCCGGUGGUAAAGGUAAAGCCUCAACUUCAGAAAAAGCUUCUACUUCAAGAUCAGCUAAAGCUGGUUUAACUUUCCCAGUUGGUAGAGUUCAUAGAUUAUUAAGAAAAGGUAAUUAUGGUCAAAGAAUUGGUAGUGGAGCUCCAGUUUAUUUAACAUCAGUUUUAGAAUACUUAUCAGCUGAAAUUUUAGAAUUAGCUGGUAAUGCUGCUAGAGAUAAUAAGAAAUCCAGAAUUAUUCCAAGACAUUUAUCUUUAGCUAUUAGAAAUGAUGAAGAAUUAAAUAAAUUAUUAGGUCAUGUAACUAUUGCUAAAGGUGGUGUAUUACCAAAUAUUCAUCAAAAUUUAUUACCAAAGAAAUCAGGUAAAUCUUCAAAAGCUUCUCAAGAAUUAUAAAUCAGUAAUAUCUGAUAUUUAAAAAGGAAAAGUUUGGUGGUAUUUAUUUUGUUUUGUUUUGUAUGGUAUUCUUUAAUUUCUUUAAGUAAUGUGUAUUAUUAAUGCUAGGAUUUGAUAUACUUCUAUAUAAAAGUGUAUCUAUUAAUUUAAAUUUGGGUAACAUCAAUUUACUGUAUAUUGUUUAAUUGGUAAUUUAAUCUGAAUAGUAUGGUUAUAUCAACUAU